AUGAUCGAAAUUAACUUUUAUCAUCAGAGCAAGUCCCUUUUUUUUUGGAGCUUAUUUAUUUUAUCAAGCAGUCUGGAAGUGAUAAUUGUUUACCCUGAUAAUAGAGGUGAUACUCCUGAAAAAAAUAAUAGUUUAUCAGAAUUCUCUCUGUCAAAUAAAGCUAGCACUGACGUAGAUUGGCACACAUGCUAUUACUCUGAGGUUAAGGACUGUUUAGAAGAAUUCCCAAAUGCUGUCAUUCUCCUUGAUUUAUCAACUGAUUAUGGAAAUCAAUAUGCAAUUUCCCAACUUUGCCUUGAUAACCGCUUAAUUCACUUGUCAUAUCAAUUAUUUUCUAAAUAUUCAAUUCAGCAAUCUUAUUCAAUUUCAUCUUCACUGAAUGAGCAACAGGGUGCGCUUUUUUCACUGCUGGGCUACUUUAACUGAACACAAGGAGUGGCUUUUAUUAAUCAAAAAUAUUUGGAAGCCAAAAAACAUUUUCUUAGUUUUUCAGCUGAGUUUAAAAUUUUAUCUGUAGAAACAAUGACAAGUUUUGAUGAUUUAGUCAACAGAGAGGUCUCAAGAUUGGGUGCGACGCUUUAUUAUGUACUUUUGGAGCCUUCAGAGUCGCUUUUUUUACAAAAAUCGUUGCAGAGUGCAAAACUUUUGAUAGCUGGUAAUGGAAUUAUAUUGAACCAAGAAAGUGGCUAUGGAUGUGAGCUUGAAGGCGCUUUAAUUAUUACUGAGAUGGGCUAUGAGAACGACUUAUCAUUUGAAGAAUAUGUUCAACAUUCUAUUAUAAAUACUAUUGGUUUCAUAUCAAAUACUACAUCAAGAGGAACGUAUGAUGAAAUCAGGAUUCUACUUGACUCAAGCAUGUCAACUCCUAAUAAUAAGCGUAACUUUUCGAUUGUUAAUAUUCAAAAAGGCAAAAGAAAAAUUGUGGGAUCCAUUACUCAUGAUGGAGUCAUUAUUUUUAAUAUCCCUUUUUUAAAUUUAUUUGCCUGAUUAUUACUUACUUCAACCAUUAACCAUUGGAAAUUCCCUAUAAUCAUUUUUAAGAGCGGAGAUAACUUUUAUUAAUAUAAAUUUAUAUAUAAUUAAUAACUCUCGAGAUUUCUAGAUAAUCUUUUAAAUUUUAAUGAAUAAAUUAAUUAAGUUUUACCAUUUUUCUAAAGUCUCUUAAAUAAAGAUUUUCCUUGCUCAUAAAGGGGAGUUAUUGCCAGCUUUUGGUGUAGCUAUCUAAAAUGAUAUAAUAUUACAUUUCCAGGCAAUGCAUAUUCUACCCCAAAGUCAGCUAAAAAAGUUUUGCAUUUAAGUAUCAACGCUGGAACAACAAACCCAGGCGCCCAACCAAGUAUGACACAAAAAUUAGGAUCAAUGGGAGCUUACGCAUGCUUGAAAAGAAUCAACGAAGGUAACGAUAUUUUGCCAAAUUUUCAUACAGAGCUAAUCUAGUAUCCUCUAAAAGCCCAUCAUUAUGUUCUAGAUCUAAUUAUAUCUUUCCAAAAAUUAAGAAUUUGUUAACUAAUAUGAAAAUUAGUCAAUAUUAAAAAGCAUAUUUAACUUCGACUGUGGGGUCACUAUAUUCAAUGCAGCCUUUGCAAAAUCUUGCUUCAGCCACGACAUUGAUAAAUUAGGCUUGGCACAUCUGAAUUCAUAUGGAUCUGGAAUGGCGAUAGGCACAAUGAAAACUUUUGCACAACUAAACAUAAGUCUCCCUUGCAUUGGAAGCACCAAUGGUGAUAUAAGCCUAAAAUCCUCCCAAAAUUAUCCUAUGUAUGUCAGAACUAUCUCUUCAGUGACUUAUAUCGAAAAUAUAGUGCUCGUCAAAGCACUUGGGUGAAAAAAGGCAGCAAUUUUAUAUGAAAACAGCUCAUGGGGGAUAGCUAGUUAUUCCAUUACACAAAAUACUGCUAAAAGCGUAGGCUUGGAAAUUAUCAAUUCAGAAAAGCUGAGGGCGAUCCCUCCUAGCUUAGACAGAAACUCCAUAAAAAAUCAUACAGAUGCAUUCCAAGGGGUUAUUGAUUCUCAGGCAAGGCUUUUUAUUAUGGUUUUUCAAUGCCCAAUGUGCAACUAUGCAUUAGAAACCUUUUACGAUUUAGGAAUGAGAAAAGGGGGAUAUAUGCAUUUUAAUUUAAUUUAUUAAAUUGCUAUAUUAGAGCAAUGCUUUCCUAAUUCAAUAUAAAGAAUAUAAUUAUUUUUACAGUGACUCCUGAUCCCUUAACAUAUAUUUCAAUUAAUGAUACUUCUUUGCAAAAAAGAUUGGAAAUCGGACACUCCAUGAUUCGCCUCAUAACACCAAGCUGACUGGGAGAUAUAGGCCAAGAUGCUUUAAAACGAAUUUGGGCGAUGUAUAAUAUAGCACCAAAUACUUUUGGGUGCAAUUACUAUGACGGUGCUUAUCUUGUAGCAAAUGCCCUUGAUUUCAUGAUAAACAGAGGACAAGAUUAUACGAAUCCUUAUAAACUAAUGCAAGCGCUCAGGGUUCAAAGAUUUGCAAGCUGCACUGGAUAUGUUCAAAUAGAACAGAAUAGUAAUGAUAGGAUUUUUGAUUUAUACCAAUUUGAAGUUGCCAACGUGAACCAAGCACAAGGGACUGCAAAUAUUUCUUUAUUCCUAUAUGUUUAAACUGCCAAAAAAAAUUAGGUAUUUUUGGAUGAUAAAAUACUAUAUUUUUUAUAUAAAAAAUAAUGCCAAUUCAUGUAUAAUAAGAAUAGUUGGAACUUUAAAGCCAUUUAGCACACAGCUGCUUUAUUUUGAAAAACCAUUGAUUUAUCCAGACGGUACAACUAUUAAGCCUCCUGAUUUAAGAGUGACUGACGGUAAAUGCCCAUUUCCAGAAAACAAAAUCCAGACCUUCGCAAAAGGAAGAAUCUUGCUUUUCGGGAUAUGCUUUACUAUGGCCUUAAUUGCUGGGAUAAUCACAUUUUUGAUAAGGAAAAAAUGGUGGAAUGAGAGAAUAAAUGAUCUUGUGGAGCGCCAAGAAGUUUCUUUGCAAGAUUUCAUAGUAGCUGCCACUAUCGUUAUUGAAGCUUUUCAAUUUGCUUCUAUGGGACCUGAUUUCCAGGCUUUAAUCUCUCUAUUAUCUCAGCUCAGCCAAGCAAUAUCUUUUGACUUGAAUGAUUUUAUAGAGUUUAAAAAUGGAUUUUUUUGGAUAAUUGCAGAUAUUGUAUUAGGCUCUAUUGGGCUAUGAGUCAUUCUCUGUACUGUGGUUCUGCUGACCCCCCUACAUGGAAAAAAUAUCGGUAAAAUUCUACUUUUUGGGGAUAUUAGCCUUAUUGCUGGAACAAACUUUUAAAGUUAAAAAUAAUUUAUAAAAAAAUAGUAUUGACUUAAUUUAAUAAGUAUAAGGUUAUUUAACGUUAUAUAGAUUUUAUCAAUUAAUUAUUCAUAAAAAUGAAUUAAAUUCAAAAAAUAUUUUCUCAAUUUAUAUGUUUUAUUAUAUUGAUUUAAACAGGAUUUGUUGUCUAUUUAAAAUUUGGGGAGUGAGGCUCCAUGAAAUAUAUGAUAAUAUUUGGAUAUUCAGGAACUUAGGUAUAUUAUCAGAAUAUUUAAUACCAAUUUUGGGCAAUUUAUGCUUUAUUCCUUUUAUAUCAAUUUGUCUUGAAAUGUUUCAGUGUGAUCAGUCUAUAGGAGACGACUUCACCGACAGUUUUCUUGCGAAAGACUGCUAUUAUUUCUGCUGAAAAGACGAACAUCUAAUAUACGCGCUCCUUUCUAUUGUAGCUUUGCUUUUAUACCAGCCGCUAGCUGUCUUUUUUAGACCGGUUUGGCAAGAGCUGCAGCUAAACCUCCACGUAAAAGCAUUGCCAAUUUAUCUUAUGGUUAAGUCUAUCGUGCAAAUGAUGCUAAUUACUCUAACUUCCUCUAUUUAAUUAGUAAAAUUUUGAAAAUAAAAAUUAAAUUUGUAAAAUUCAUGUUUAAAAAGCCCUAAAUAGUAGGGAUUUUUGAUAUUUUUGCUCAGGGGGAAGUAAAUAAAACACUUAAGAGAGCUAGCGAUAUAUCGCAUGGAAUUGUUUUUAUAGUUAUAAUGACUGCAUAUGUGUGGUAUAUUUUAAAAUACAAUGCUUUUAAUUAUGGGAGAUUUAACUUCUGGCAAGCACUUAGUUUGAUUGUAGUGAUAUGGUUAGCCUUAUUAUCAGUUAUUUUAUUAUCAGCUGGUGGGAACUCGAUAGUUUAUAUAACAAUUUUGAUUGUAGGGUGGGCUAUGAUUGGCUUGGUUGGCAUUUUGAUACAAAAGAAAAAAUACCCAAGCUUGCUUUAUAAAAAGAAGCCAAGAAAUGAGUCUGCUUUAUUUAGUUUCGCGUUUAACUUUAGCCUAAAAAGCAGUAUUUAUUUGAUAGAUGAUUAA